AUGAAGAACCACCCUGCCCCUUCACGCUUCAUGUCGCUCGAGGAGCUGAGGCCCCUUAGAAGGCGUCCACGACGGCGUUCCCGCGAGCUGCGCGCCCUUGGCCUGGCGUGCCUUCUUCUCAUCUCGUAUGUACAGUGGAGAUUGUAUACGGAAACCUCUAGUAGCCGGAGCCCAGAUAUCACUGCGCACGGUCUGUUUAUUGCGAGGCUUGAGGAAGAUCUGGAGACCUGCACAAAAUUGCAUACGAAGCCGACGGACCCCAUCGGACUUGGCCGAGAGAAGAGUGCGCGCUAUGUGGACGGGAAGCCGCCGACUCUCAUCAUCAAUGCCACUGCAGAUGUCUAUCUGCAACAUGGACUGAUCAAGAGGCUCGAAGAGCGAAUCCCUCUCGACUCUCUACCCAAGGAUACCCUAGUGUACGAUGCUAAAGGCCGGCCUCUCACCACUUUCCUCCGACAUCACCCCUACGUGCGCGCCAUCGACGGAUUCCAACCCACCGAUCGCCAAAUCCAAGUCAUCAAAUCCGGCGGCGUUACCACCUCCCUCGUCCUCCCUGGCUCCAGUAACAACAUUGGCGGUGAGGCCUACGUCGUCAAGCACGCCGUCGGCGCCACAGACGGCCGCAACGAGACGAGCAUGGCGUGCGGCGAAAACUCCAAGCACGUGCACGGCAAAGCCGGGGAGCGGGGUCCCACGAGCCGUCUCGGCGAGAGUUGGGAGUUUCGGCGCGCGUUUGAACGCGCUGCGGCGCUCAUGAGGCGGCAGGAUGAGUGGUGCGCGGCGGCGCGGCUCGGCUUGGGGAACGUCGAGACCUAUCUCCCUGUCGAGUUGGAGUGGGAGGGCCUGAUUGCCGUGUUGAGAGGUCACGUACACGUCAAUACGCACUGCUACACGAUCAACGAUUUGGAGGCCUUUGUUGACCAUUCGAACGAGUUUCGGUUUCCAGUCAGGGCCUUUCACCAUGCCCAUCAAGCCUUCUUGGUUCCCGAGGCAGAAGCCUACAUCGGCUCCGAAUACGCUGGAAAGAUUCUGUACGAGCAGGGUCUGACGCCAAUUUACGUGAGCGAUAACCCAGUCAUCAACGCGCAGCACCUCAUCCUAGAGGCUGCGAAAGCACACCGCUACGGGCUCCCGUACCACGUAGCCCUCGCAUCCGUUACGACGGCGCCCGCGGAGCGCCUAGGGCUCGGUAGCCGGCUGGGAAAGGUCAAGCCUGGCUUCGACGCCGAUGUUGUGGUUUGGGACAGCGAUCCGCUUAGUCUCGGGGCUAGCCCGGUGCAAGUGUGGAUCGACGGCGUCGCCCAGUACGAAAACCCCGUGGAACUUGAGAAACCGGUUAAACGAUGCGUCAUUUCCAUUCCGGACGGCCAUCUUACCGCCGCGUUCACGGCCUUUGGCUCUGGGCUCGGCCUCAAUGAAAUCGAGUCGGAGGGCGUGACCGACAACGGCGCGGACGGCACCAUCUUUAGCCGAGGUGUCGAUGGAUUAGCCCUCAACACAACCAAGCUGCAGGUAGCCGGCCGGUAUGGAGUAACGCGCGCCAUUUCCGCGCCGAGAUUUAUCGGGCCUGGGACCCAUCAUGGGACUAGCGUUGAGUUUCUCACGGGGGCGGUGACCCAGCUCGACCAAGGCGCUGUGAUUCACCGGGAUGCCGCGGUUCACUAUACCCUGGACCUGUCCGCCAAGCGCGUGGGGAGCACGCCGUCCAUGUCGGCUGCCAUAUCCGUUCUAAGAGACAAACUACUGGACGCCGUAGAUGCGAUGGGUGAGCAGAGCUCGAACCGCUCGGAGCGAAAGUCGGAGGGUGCGUUUCUGCGCCGGGUCGUGAUUGGCGACUUGGCCCUCGCAAUCACCGCACAUAGCGCCGAUAUCAUUGCCUCUCUUCUGACGGUAAAGGCUGACGUGGAGGCGGCCAUCGCCCGGCUGGGGCGCGAUUCGAAGCUUCGCUUGACCAUUAUCGGCGGCGCCGAAGCGCACCUCAGAAGGGCCUUGACGGGCGCGCCGCUGACGGAACACACGGCGGUGGAUGUGCUGCUCCGUGCGGGCGUGACGACGGCCCUCGGUCUAGAAGAGGACUGGGUCGUGAGAGACCUCGGCGUUUUGGCCAGUGUCGCUUUCAAUAACGGCGAGGGCCGGCUCAACGAAACCGGUGCCUUCGACUUGGUGAGCCGAAACGUCUACGAGCUGUUGGGGUUGCCGGUGCCCGAUUGA